AUGGCAGGCGGAUACUCCAAGAAACGAAAGGUCGAAGAUGGGAUGAAGGGGAAACCAAAAAGAACCGUCAAGAAAUUCAAGAAGCAGACCGAUUACCACAGCGAUUCAUCAGAAGACGAGGCGAAUGCACCACCACAAGAAGAAUUCAAAGCUGUCAAUUUACAAGAUUCCGAUAAUGAGGAGCUCGACACAGCAGAUCUGAUCGCGGGGGAGGUCUCGGAUGUAGAAGAGGAGGCUACGGUUGGAGAAUUGGCAGAUGAAGAAAUCACAGAUGCGUCGAAUUCAGAUUCCGAGGAUGAUGAGGACGACGAUUCAGAUACCAAUUCCAACCCUAAUUUAAUACGGAAGCGCAAACGAAAUGACCCAGAAGCAUUCGCAACGUCCAUGUCGAAGAUUCUUGGUUCGAAACUUGCGACGAGUAAACGCGCCGAUCCUGUUCUGUCGAGGAGUGUGGCUGCAAUUGAAACGAGUAAAGAAAUUACGGACCAGGCAUUGGAGAAGAAGGCGCGAAAUAAGAUGAAGGAUGACAAGCGACUUGCUUUGGAAAAGGGCAGAGUGAAGGAUGUCUUGGGAGCGAGUACCGCAUUUGAUGCUGCGAAUGGUUAUGGAGAUAUGGGAGCACAGCCAAGUGUACAGCAGACAAUGGAAUUGGAGAAACGACUACGGAAAACGGCGCAGAGAGGUGUUGUAAAACUUUUUAACGCGGUGAGAGCGGCGCAAGUUAAAGGAGAGGAGGCUGCAAGGGAAGCUCGAGUCAAAGGACUCGUCGGCCAUGGAAGGAGGGAAGAGAAAAUCAAUGAGAUGAGCAAACAGGGAUUCCUGGAGUUAAUUGCCGGUGGGGGUGGGGGUCUCAAGGCAGGCGGGGUAGAGGAAGCAUGA